CUUUUAUUCCAAAGAAAAGAAAUGGGUAGCCUUCAUAUCCUCUCUUUGUUACUCUGUUCAGUCUUUUUGGCAAAAUGUUACUCACAUGAUGACUUUCUCCACUGUCUUUCUAAAUACCCUGAAACCAACAUAACCAAAAAUAUUUACACUCCAGAUUCUCCAACUUAUUCAUCUAUCCUAGAAUAUGCUCAAAAAAACCCGAGAUGGUUGAAUUCUUCACAUCCCCUUUUCAUUGCCUCCCCUAGAAAAGAAUCAGAAAUCAAGCCUGUCAUUCUUUGUAGUAAAAAUGUAGGCCUACAAAUUAAGAUCAAAAGUGGUGGCCACGACUAUGAAGGCCUAUCUUAUCGCUCUGAAUCCCCCUUUGUUUUGCUUGAUUUAAGCAAUCUUAACAAAGUCAAGAUUGAUUUAAAUGAAGAAACAGUUUGGGUUCAAGCAGGGGCGACGCUCGGCCAGCUUUACUAUGCAAUUGCCAAAAAAGGUAAAGUGCAUGGAGUUUCAGGCGGUGUCUGCUUUAGUAUUGGCACUGGUGGCAUCAUCAGUGGUGGUGGGCUCGGCGCAUUGAUGAGGAAAUUUGGCCUAGCAGCCGAUAACGUUGUAGACGCUCAUGUAAUGGAUGUAAAUGGAAAAAUUCUUGACAGGGAGGAAAUGGGAGAAGAUUUGUUUUGGGCGAUAAGAGGAGGUGGAGGAGCAAGUUUUGGUGUUAUUCUAGCAUGGAAACUAAAAUUGGUUCGUGUCCCUGAAAAGGUUACUGUUUUCACGAUACAUAGGAAGUUAGAGGGUAACCGAGAUCUCCUCCAAAAAUGGCAAAACAUAUCACAUCAACUCCCUGAAGAUUUGUUCAUCAGGGCGAUUAUUCAAAAUGGCGGAUCAUCAGCAGGAAAUAAUAGUAAAAAGCAUGUGGAAUACUAUUUACAGGCACUAUAUGUUGGGCAUGUUGAUGAGUUAAUUCCUCUGCUCAACCAAUUCUUCCCUGAAUUUAAUUUAACACGAAAAGAUUGUUUCCAGGAGACUGAUAAUUCAGAGAAAGAAUGCUAUGAAGUUCCCUGGAGCGGAUCAGUCUUGUAUUUCUAUGGUAGGAAAACAAAUGAGUCACUUGAAGUUUUGCUAGAAAAGAAUAUCCCAACUCAGAAAAGUUAUAACAAAGGAACAUCUGAUUUUUUGAAGACUCCAAUUCCGGAAAGUGGUUGGGAAAUGAUAGAAAGACUCUUUCUAGAAGAAGAAAGACCCCAGAUGAUUUUGGAUCCAUUUGGUGGAAAAAUGGAUGAAAUAUCAGAAUCUGAAAUUCCAUUCCCUCAUAGAAAGGGCAGUUUGUAUAAUAUUCAGUACUUGGUGUACUGGGGUAAUAACAGUGAGAGUAUAUCAAGCCAGAAGAUAGCAUGGAUGAGGAAAUUAUACAAGGAAAUGGAGCCAUAUGUUGCAAAAAAUCCAAGAACUGCUUAUCUUAAUUACAGGGAUCUUGAUUUUGGAACUAAUCAAGAAGAUUACAGCUAUUCCAAUGCCAAAAUAUGGGGUGAAAAGUAUUUUAAUGGAAACUUGGAGAGGUUGGCCAAAGUGAAAAGUAAGGUGGAUCCCAGCAAUUUCUUCAGAAAUGAACAAAGUAUUCCACCUUAUCAAUCAUCAUACUACUAAUAUAUCUGAAGAAGAUUGGAGUUCAUGCAAGGUUGCUUGAAGUUUUACAAAUUAAAGUCUCUUUUUUCUAGAAUAUAAGAAAACUAGUGAAUUUGUCCGCACUUCGCGCGCGCACUUCGCGCGGCUUAAAAUAUCAACUCAUUAAAUUCAUGAAACAAAUUUUAAAAUAUUCGAGUGCUAAAAAGCCUUUUAGUGUUCAAAUU